UGUCCCAAAUUGGGUCAUUUCUGACCUAACUGGCCCACCUCCUUCUUCCUCCUCCUCCUCCCCUCUCUCUCUACCUCGCAAGUUCAUUGGGCUUAGUUUCCAGUUGAUUUGAGAAAAAAAAAACUUCCACUUUACAGUUUUGGCUCACUCUAUACAAUCUCGGUUCAAUAGGGUUUUUAUAGUUCUUCUUUUUAGUUAUUUCAACACCAAUAUUGCGAAUACACCUCAUCCAUAUUGAUAAAAAGGUCACUGAGUGAUUAGCAAUGGCUCAGCCUAGCAACAAUAAUGCUGGAGUUGACAACACCUUUAGACGCAAAUUCGAUCGAGACGAGUAUUUAGAACGUGCUCGUGAGCGUGAACAAAAGGAGUCGGAGGGCCGAUCUAAGAAAUCGAAAGGUCCUCCGGUGCAAAGGAAACCGUUGAAGCACAGGGAUUUUGAGGUGGACCUCGAAUCUCGUUUGGGAAAGACUCAGGUUGUUACCCCAAUAGCACCCCUGAGCCAGCAGGCUGGAUAUUACUGCUCAGUUUGUGAAUGUGUUGUAAAGGAUUCUGCAAACUACUUGGACCAUAUCAAUGGAAAGAAGCAUCAAAGAGCUUUGGGUAUGUCUAUGCGGGUCGAACGGGCAUCUCUUGAGAAGGUCCAGGAGAGAUUUGAAGUUCUCAAGAAACGGAAAGAUACUGGCAGUUUUACCGAGCAAGAUUUUGAUGAGCGGAUCUUAAAACAGCAGCAAGAGGAGGAGGAAAGAAAGCUUCAACGUCGUGAAAAAAAGAAAGAAAAGAAGAAAGCGAAGGAUGCAGAGGAGGAAACUGAGUUUGACCCUGAUGUUGCAGCUAUGAUGGGAUUUGGGGGUUUCGGUUCAUCCAAAAAGUGAUCAUGCUUGAGUAUACCUUUCUUUGCCUAAUUAAUCUUCGGAAGCUUCUGAAAAAUUGAAAAAGGACUCUCUUUAAGAGGCAGCAUAGUCUAAACUCCAUUGCCUUCUAGAAAUUGUAACUCUUAAAAUUUAUUAUGUUCCUUUGAAUUGUACAGCUAGUAUAAAAAUAUUUUGACAUAUUGUUACAUGUUUUAUUGGUGAUGUAAAAUCUUUUAUCAAUUUUUGAACAUCUAAUGUUGCCCUAAACUUUUAGUAGUUAAUCUUUAUACAUUUGCUCA